UGCGCUCAUUCUGCGGAUAAGCCGUGUCAAACGGUGUCAUUAUUCGAGAUUCUGGACAUGAAAAUCGUAUAUCUUUCAUUAUUAUUAUCCAUUAUUCAAGUCAACCCGCGGGUACCUAGGAGGGAAUUCCAAAUCCGAGCACCCACUUGGCGUGUCUCAGCACCUCUCACCGUCUCACAGUUACCGUCUUACAGACUGACGUUCAAACUCCGAGCUCAUGUUCCACUCACUAUUAACCUUGGAAGUACGCCAUCUUGUCAUUACAGGUUCUCGUUGACUUUGCGGCUUGUUUGAUGUCCAAAUGAUUCGCAGCACAGACCACGAGGAGUUUCAGACCAGAAUAAUCCAGAAGGCUACGAUCCUCAACUUUGACCGGGAUUGAGAUUCAAGCGACUUCCCACCCCCUGACAGAACUGAAACUGCCUUGAACGCA